CUCAUUAUUUCUCGUUAAUUUUUAUGUUUAUUUUUUUGAAAUUAAAUUCAUGCCAAAUUGAGUAUAUUAUAUUAUAUCAUGGCCUGUAAAGUAGUUGAUGACGAUACCAUACAGAAGAUUGUAUCAAAUUAUAUUAAACAUCGAAAUUAUAAGGCAAAUUCAAGAGUGAAUGACAAUCAUCAUUCAUUGAUUGAUCAGCAAUCAGAGGAAAAUGGCACCGAAACAACGUUACGUGAUGAUAAUGUUUUACCGGCUAAAGAUUGGUUUCUAGAAGGUGCACUUUCAGCAUUUCAAAGCAUUCGAAAUGUUGCCACAUUGCGUUUGAAAGAAGAAGAUUUUGUCAAAGAAGUUGAGGUAGCAUUUCGAAAAUUUGUUGAAUUCAUCAACAAUAUUCGUUUGACACAAAUUGAAGAAAAUCUGAAAACAUCAUCUACAUCGUCGUCGUCGUCGUGGAAUCAAAAGCGAAUGCCACAACAACAUGGUGAAGAGUUGUGGAUGACCUGUUUUCCAUUGUUUGUUCACAUAUUUAUUCAACUUUUUGAAUGUGGUCAUGUUGCAAACGCACAAAAUUUUUUCAUCGAACAUUAUCAAAGAUUUACGAAAAAAUCGAAUCAUGUACAAUUCCUGAGUUCGAUGCAAUCAUCGCUCAACAACAAUUCAUUGAAUUCUGCAUUACAAAAUUUUAAAAAUUUUAAAUGUCGUAUCAUGAUUACAGAGCAAAGUUUCAACUUGCUCACACAAUUUUUAAAGCAUGAACAACAUCUGUCCAUAUUACAAACAUUCAAUUCUUGUCUGGAUUUUCGUGUCAUGACACAAGAGGAAUAUAGCAAUCAACAAACAUAUCAAGGUGUGUCGGCUCAAAAUGAUUCGGUUCAUCAGGAUGACAUCCUAGCGGAAAAUUUAGCCAAUCCAAAUAAUUCGGAAGAAAUGAAUGAAAUUCUAAACAUUAUAAAGUCCGUCAGAGAUAUGGAUGAUGAAGAAAAUGAUGACGACAACAAUGAACCAUCGGAUUUAAAUUAUCCAACACAAGCAUAUCAAACAACUGUAUGUCUAUGUAGAAUGCAAUCGGCAAAUACAAGUUCGGUUGCCAUAUCGAAAAAUCUUGCCAAAAUCGUAGCAGGCACAGAAAAUUCCGAGAUAUUAUUAUGGGAUUGUGAUCUAACCGAUGAACUUGAAUAUUUUUCCUCUCGUCUCUAUCGACAUUGGAAACGUGUACCGGUUCGGCAAAUCACAUCUGAGGUGGAUUUUAAAUUUAUUAAUCCAAAAACAUGCGACGAUAAAUCAGUCACAGAUGAUGAUGAUGAUGAUGAUGACGAUGAUGAUGAGAAGGAUGACUUUAAGAAUCAAGUAAAUCCAAUCAUCUUUCGUGGUCAUUCUAAUACCGUUUAUGAAAUGUCAUUCCUGUUUGAUUCGAAUCUAUUGCUAUCCUGUUCUAGUGAUACAACCAUUCGAGCAUGGGAUGUUAAUUCUAGCUCAUGUUUGGCUGUCUAUAAAGGACAUGCUUCUGCUAUUUGGACGAUUGAUUCAAACGAUUCCGGAUGUUUUAUUUCAGGUGGUCGAGACGGCAUCGCACACAUGUGGGACAUUGAACGUACCGUACCAAUGCGGAUAUAUUCCGGUCAUUUAAUGGAUAUCAAUCAAAUCAAAUUCCAUCCGAAUUGCAAUUAUUUAGCCACUGCAUCUGCGGAUAAAACAAUCAUUCUUUGGGACGUGAAUCAAGUCCGACAAGUUCGAAUGUUUUGUGGUCAUACGGCAUCGGUUAAUGCGAUACGAUUCUCGUCGUGUGGAAAAUAUCUAGCCUCAGCUUCUGAAGAUGGAUCCGUAAAAAUCUGGGACAUUUCACAGGGUCGUUGUAUUGCCGAAAUGCUCGAUCAUCAAGAUGAUAUUCGGUGUAUAACGUUUGGUCCAAAUGAUCAUCUACUUGCAUCAUGUGGAAUCGGAUCAUCUGCCGUUCAUAUUUGGGAAAAUUCAAUCGCUUGCGCCAAAUCUCAACAAUCGGUUCCUUUCAUUGCCAUAGAUGUGAAUAGCAGCAGCAGCAGCAGCAAUGGAAAUGGAAGAGAAAAUGAAUCAGAAUCGAUGACUACAAAUAUAAAUACAAGUCAAAAUUGUCUAAUGCAAUUACAAUUCAUUCGUCAUAAUGUUUUGUUGGCAUUUUCCAAAAAAAAAUUGGAUCCAAAUAAUGUUUUUGAAACAAAGUUUAUGAAUAACUCUCGGUUGGAUUUUUGAGUUAUUUUAUCAUCAUCAGUAAAAUUCAUGUUGAAAAGUUCCAAUCA